AGUAAGAACCACGAUGCUCCGCUUCAUUAGGCCUUACUUGAAAACACUGUCCCUUGUCCGUCCACGAUAUCUUUGCACCCAUACAGAGUUGGAGAAAGAAAUUUUCGAGCUGCAAGAGGCGCUGUAUACACUGCAAGAGUUCGUUGAGCACCCCAAGGCUGUCGACUAUCUGCGAGCUGUGCAUGCCUACCACUAUGAGGUCCGGCCUGAAAGCAGCAGCGAAGAAAGGUGGGCUGAAGUAUGCUGUCGUCUCAAAAUGCCUAAGAGCUACGAUGACCCAAAUGAACUUAUCUACGGUCUCGCCCACUACAGCCCACCACAGAUGUACCUUCCGCAAUUGUUUUAUGUCGAGACAUACAAAACCGUUUGGAAAUUCUUGAAUUCGUUCUCGUCGCCUUUUGAAUCAUUUUGGCUUGGGGGCGACUUGAGAGACAUAGGACUCGUUGAACCUGUACUUUUUGGUACUACUUCGUUGUUCUACAGCCAUGUCAGGAUCUUGCGUAACAAGCCCAUUCCACAGUGUCAUCAACUGCCCGACCCCCUGCCAUUAGGGGAGCCGGUCUCAUAUCAAAUCAUGAUGCAUGAACAGAUAAAGCUCGUUGUUAUCGAGAUGGACGCUGCCCAGUUCAAAUUCACUCUACAUGACCAAGAAGUCUACACCCGACUGUUCACCGAGCUCUAUGCUGCCUCUCAAUACAAUAACUACAUCGUUGACCGAGACCAGCCUCUCGACCUGAGAGUAUACGGCCUAUUGACGGACACGGCUGAAAAUGUCUUCUUCUCUUAUGAUCCUGCCACGGCUACGUUUGAGAAGGACGAAAACGUAUGUGUCGAUUCAAAUCGCAACACGAUAAUACACGACAUGAUGAGAUUGUCAGAAAAGUUAUUUAGUGUCUUGAUGCAUGCAUACAAUGAACAGCUGGAAGAUAGGUAUAGUAAAGUCAAGCUGCUCCCAAAGGAGGACCUUCCCCAGAUGUACAUAAAAAUUAAUGCAGCGACGACCAAGUCGGAGCCCUGUGAUCGUACUCUUCUGGAUUUGCUGGCAGAAGCAGUUCAGGAUGCAAAAUUAGCGUCGGAAAAACUCUCACAGCAUUGGAGCGAAGAUGCCUUGAAAGAGGGCCUACAACUUUUGCGCAAAAGUCUUUGGGUACUUCCCCUCGCUGAAACAACCCACUAUUGCUGGCUUGGUCUUCACGAUGACCUUGAUCAGAUGGCAGUGAAAGCUGCGUCGAGUUUUCGCCGAGAGAAAAAUUCCUUGGAAAAGAAAUGGAAGGAUCAAGAAGGGUAUAAGACAUAUGAGUAUUUUUAUUAA